UUUUUUACAUGAAUUAUUAAUGUUCCGUGUGAAGAUGUUUUCUUGUACUACCGCGGUGUGGCCAGUGUGGGGCGCCGCUCGAUUCCUUGCACAUGUUUUUUCAAAUAAAGUUUGGUUCAAACGAACAAACAUGGCGGCCCCCGGUGCUUCACUCAUGUAGCUGCUGUUGGGGAUGUGAAAACUACAGAAUCCACAGAAUAAAGUAGAAAUGGCCACUCCAGCAAAGCCCACUAAAAAGGAAGCUAAAAAGCACAUUUCUCUUAAGACAUCCUUCACCUCACCCUUCAGUCCGACAUGGAGAUCAAUUCCACAGGAAGACAUGCACUUCAUCCUGGAAACGCUGAGGGAAAAGCUGACUGUCAUCGGUCUUGAGAAAAAAGAGGUAAAACCAUUUCGUCCAUGGAAAAACAAGAAAAAGAAACUGGAAGAAUCUGAUGCCGUCACACCAGAACCUGUUGUCCAGGUGCAGGAGGCACCCAAAAACGGCUGGACAGAUUUGGCAGCAAGACGACAGCUAGCCAUUGGCAUCAAUGAGGUCACCAAGGCCCUGGAGAGGAAUGAGAUCUCGCUGGUGCUGGUGUGCAAGUCAGUCAAACCCCAGCACAUGACAAAUCACCUGAUAACGCUGUGUGCCACAAGAGGAGUACCGGCAUGUCAGGUUCCCCGUCUGAGCUCCAGUGUGUCCCAACCUCUGGGUCUGAAAAGUGUCCUUGCAAUAGGAUUCAGACAAUGUCCCUCCAGUGGUGAGGGCACCUUUGCUGACGUUAUUGAUGUGAUUAAACCCAGAGUGCCUCCAUUGAAUGUUGCAUGGCUGCCUGGUAAAGACGCCACAGAAGGAGUGCAAGGUGGUGAUCAGGAGGAGAUGAGAGAUGAGGAAAAGAGAGGCCAGAAAAGAAAAUUGGAAGCUGAGAGUGAGGAGGCAACAAAGUCACCCUCCUGCUCCCUGCAGCCUCUCAGAGUUAAGAGAAUAAUUCCCAACCCUGCUAAGAAAAGAAAACCCAAAGUUAAGAAAAAAUAGUUUGCAUGGACAAUAAACAGUUUUUUUUUCAGCUG